AGAAAGAUGGGAGGAGGGAGAAGGUUAACCAUGGCUACCAUUAUUUUCCCAUGUUUCUGUCCAUCAUCAGAUGAAGGAUUCUGGUUCUUGCAUCUCUCACCUCAACGUAAUACAUGGCUAAGGACGAAACGAAGGAAGGGGUUAUAUUUGCAGUAGAAAAUAACAGAAUUCUUUUCUCCAAUUCUUCGGUUUCUGUUUCUACUGAAGAUAAAGAUGACGAUGCUUUGGACGAGUCGCCACUAAAGAAUGUCGAGGAAAGUAGAAGUAAAUCUGAACCAGCAUCACCCAAGGACUAUGAAACUGCAGGCUCAUCUUCUUCGAGAUCCGGGGUUUCAGAUUUAGAAGCUCAAGAUGAUCCAAAAACUCAUCCAAAACAAUCUCAUGGGUUUUUACGAAAUUUAAAAAAGGCACCAACAGUAAGCUUGCACACAUUUAAUCCUGGCCUGCCUAGCAUACCUUCUUUAAAGAAACUGACAAAGAAGAAGAGUCGGAAACUCAUGCAGAGCAUUUCAGAAUAUCCUUCCCGAUUAGAUGCUGACUUUUAUUGUUUUGAGGCCUCAUGGAAAAAUUACUCACUUGCAGAACUCAAACAUGCCACUGACAACUUCAGUCAUAAAAACUUGAUUGGAGAAGGAGGUUAUUCUGAAGUUUACAAGGGUCAUUUGCAAGAUGGACAAAUUAUAGCAGUAAAACGACUGAUCAGAGGUACACCUGAAGAGAUGACUUCUGAUUUUUUAUCUGAACUUGGAAUCCUGGUCCACGUCAAUCAUCCAAACAUUUCUAAUGUUAUUGGCUAUGGAGUUGAGGGCGGCAUGCACCUUGUUCUUCCUCUAUCUCAUCAUGGGAGCUUAGCUUCUCUUCUUUCGGGUCAGAAGGAGAAACUUAAUUGGACAAUCAGAUAUAACAUUGCAUUGGACACUGCAUCAGGCCUCUCCUAUCUUCAUGAGGGUUGUCAACGGAGAAUUAUUCAUAGAGAUAUCAAGGCAGCUAAUAUUUUGCUUUCAGAGGAUUUUGAACCUCAGAUAUCUGAUUUUGGGCUGGCAAAGUGGCUUCCAGAUCAGUGGAUACACCUCACUGUAUCACAGUUUGAAGGGACAUUUGGUUACCUUGCUCCUGAGGUUUUCACAGAUGGCUUGGUUGAUGAGAAAACUGAUGUGUAUGCUUAUGGAGUCCUUUUGUUAGAAGUCAUCACGGGACGUCCUGCUUUGGAUGAUGCGCAGCAGAGUCUGGUUAUGUGGGCUAAACCUUUGAUCAAUGCGAAAAAUGCUGAAAAACUUCUUGAUCCUCAUCUUGGCGGUGUCUGUGACAUGGAUCAGCUCAAUGACUUGAUAUGGGUUGCUUCUCAAUGCAUCAAUCAUUGUCCAACCGAACGUCCAAAAAUGAGCAAGGUCUACAGGAUUCUAAGCGGUGAUGAAGGUAUUCCUGAUAAUGGUAAAAAGUUCAUAAAGCGUGCCGCCUUCAGAAGAAGGAAGUCUACUGGGGGAAUAGAUGAAGAACAUCAAGACGAUCCACCAAAGAAAACUGAAAUGGAGUUGUAGAGUAUAUGUUGGUUGUUGAGUUCUAGAGAGAUUUCCAAGGGUCAACUUGUAAAAAAAAACUUAUUCUUAAUGUUAGUUUUUAAAAGAACUACUUGCUCUAUUGUACAAAUAUAGCAAUGGACCAUGACCAAUCAAUAUGUGGUUUCAGAUC